GCACAGGGCCACCCGCGGGGGGAUCACGACUCAGCGGCAGCUCCAGCGCCAGCGCCAGCGCCAGCGGCCCGACGUGCCAGCAGCCGCGAACCCAUGGAGGGUCUGGGCCGCUCGUGCCUGUGGCUGCGCCGGGAGCUCGCGCCCCCGCAGCCGCAGCUGCUGCUCCUGGACUGCCGCAGCCGCGAGAUGUACGAGUCGGCGCGCAUCGGCGGGGCGCUGAGCGUGGCCCUGCCCGCGCUGCUGCUGCGCCGCUUCGGCGGGGAGCCUUCGGUGCUGGGCACCCUGCUCCAGAAGCUGCGGGAGGAAGGCUACCUGGCCUACUACCUACAGGGUGGCUUCAGCAGGUUCCAGGCUGAGUGCCCUCAGCUGUGCGAAAGCAGCCUCAGCAGCCGUGGUGGAGCCAGCAUGGCCAUGGUGCCCAGCCCAGUGGUGGGGCUGGGCAACCUGUGCCUGGGUUCUGACUGCUCCGACGGGGAAUCCGAACCUGACCGAGACUCCCUGAGCUGCAGCCUGGAUUCCGAGGGUGCCACGCCCCCCCCAUCGGGGCUGAUACCAUCCUUCCCGGUCCAGAUCCUGCCCAACCUCUACCUGGGUUGUGCCCGAGAUUCGGCCAACGUGGAGAGCCUGGCCAAGCUAGGCAUCCGCUACAUCCUCAAUGUCACCCCCAACCUCCCUAACCUCUUUGAGAAGAAUGGCGACUUUCACUACAAGCAGAUUCCCAUCUCGGACCACUGGAGCCAGAACUUGUCCCAGUUCUUUCCUGAGGCCAUCGCGUUCAUUGAUGAAGCCUUGGGCCAGAACUGCGGGGUGCUUGUCCACUGCCUGGCGGGCGUCAGCCGCUCCGUCACUGUCACCGUGGCCUACCUCAUGCAGAAGCUCCACCUCUCCCUCAACGAUGCCUACGACCUGGUCAAGCGCAAGAAGUCCAACAUCUCGCCCAACUUCAACUUCAUGGGGCAGCUGCUGGACUUCGAGCGCAGCCUGCGGCUGGAGGAGCGCCGUGCCCGCGGGCGGGGCAGCGGGGGGCAGGAGUCCACCACCUCGGACCCGCCCUCCUUCUUCACCACCCCCACCAGCGACGGGGUCUUCGAGCUCGACCCCACAUAGAGCCCCGUCCAGUCCUGUCCCCCAAUGGGUGCUCCCGACCACCCAUGCGC